AUCAUUACGUUAUUGUUCUUUUGUGUUGUAGAAUACAUAAUAAAGGCUGCUCAGAAUCUAAAGGUGAACCGUAAUCAGAACCUUAAGGCAAAGGGUGGUCAGAACCUUCAAAACACUGGCCAGUCUCGUGACAGUGGCAACAAAGCUACCAAAAAAGCUCCAGCAAAAUAUGUUGCCCUUGGCUCACUUGGGAGGAAGGUUCAAAAUCGACCAUCGGCUUUCUCCACCUUAACAUCAUCUUCAGAUGUGUCUUCCACAUCUCUUCCCAUGCCACAAACAACACCUAAAAGUGCUUCUCCUAGGGUAAGAGAGCCCUCUGUUGUAACAGAUAACAUGUCACAAAGGGAAAGAGAACCCCCUAUAAUAAUUGAUAAUGUCACUGUUCAGAACAAUAUACGCUCACCUCCAGUGGAACCAGCUAUGGAAGCUGAACCAGCAAUGGAAGCUGCACCUGUGGCUGCUAAUGAAGCAUCAUCUAAUAGAGGCAAUGUUUAAAUUAGCAAUUUUGAGCAGCUGCUUUAUUGUUGGAUUAACUUAGGUGAUUUGUUUGUUGAUUAUGCAAUGAUUAUUGCUUAUUUUUGAUGUCGUUGCUGCUGGUUUUUUUCUAUCUCUUGACAUUGCAGUUAGAAAAAAGAAUGUACGAGGGAGAAGCAUGUGUAAGGCAGUUGCUAGACUUAGGCGUGGAGAAAAGUUGCCAAUUUCCUUCUACAACAAUCGUGGUAUUGGACUCAUAUUAUGAAUCAAAAAAGGGUUGAAAGUGGAUGAACAUGGGUUUGUGAGUGUCAACCUCAACAGAAUGCUGAAGACAAAUGAACCAUUUGUGCUAGCAAGUCAAGUAUCCUAGGUAUUUUAUGCAGAAGACAAUAUCAACAAGAAUUGGCACUUGGCUGUAAAGGUGUUACCUCGAGCUAUGGCUGUGUUGGAAAAUGAUUACAACACUGGUGAAGCAAGUGAAACGGUUCAACCUAUGGAUUGAUUGUUUUUCAGCAGACUUAUUGGCAGCAGACUUUGACAGCAUCAAAGGAAAUUAUGGAUGGUGAACUAGAGGAAGCUGUAACCCACAUGAAAUGAAUUGGAUCUGAGUUGUUAUGGUGCAAGGAAUGGGCAGAGUGCAAGAAAUUGAAGUAGAUUGUAUUAGUAGCUAAGACAUUUGAAACUCUUUCAAUUGUUAUAUUAUUUUGCUUACACUAUUGUUAGCAAGAAUCUUUGAUACUUUAAUAUAAUCAAUUUAUAAUUAGAAUCGA